GGCGCGGCCGGGAGCGCCGCGCGCCGGGAGCGGGGCGGCGGGCGCCGGGGCUGGCAUGGCGUGGCCCUGCAUCAGCCGCCUGUGCUGCCUGGCGCGGCGCUGGAACCAGCUGGACCGCUCCGACGUGGCGGUGCCGCUGACCCUUCACGGUUACUCGGACCUCGACAGCGAGGAGCCGGGCCCGGGCGGCGCCGCCUCGCGCAGGGGCCAGCCUGCCGCUGGCGCCCGGGAUCCCGGUCGGGACGUGCCGCUCACUCAAUACCAGCGGGACUUCGGCUUGUGGACGACGCACGCCGGGCCCAAGGAUCAGCAGCCGGGGCGCGGACCGGGGGCAGGCGGCCGCAGGAGCAAAUCCUCCGCGCAGUCCUCUGCGCCACCUGCGCCCGGCGCCCGCGGGGUCUACGUGCUGCCCAUCGGCGACGCGGACGCGACUGGAGCAGCGACCACGUCGUACAGACAGGAAUUCCAGGCUUGGACUGGAGUGAAGCCCUCAAGAGCCACAAAGGCAAAACCAGCCCGAGUCAUCACAACCCACACUUCGGGAUGGGACAGCAGCCCUGGGGCCGGCUUCCAGGUCAGCCUGAAGCUGGUGCGGCAGAGGUGUCCCAGAGGUGAGGAAGAAGUUCACUCCUAACCCCUCCGCCAUCUUUCAGGCCUCAGCUCCCCGGAUUCUCAACGUGUGACUGCCUGCACCGUGACACCGUGGCUGCUGACAGGAGAGGGCUGGGGAGCCGCCUCAGGACCCACUACCGUGGGGCUGGGCGAGAGCAUGGCAUGGGCCCCUCCAGGAGGGCACAGCCCCUCUCAAAGCUGUCACCAGGGCCGACGUGCUGGUGUGGGGCAGAUGCAUCGAUGGACUUGGCACACCCAGCUCAGCUCAGCCUCAAGCGUCCUCUUGAGAAGCCUGUGGAAGGCUCCCGCGUUCGUAACUGCCAUCUGUCCAUCUCUGGGUUUUGAAAUCAGAGGAGCCUGAGGAGCAAGUCAGUUGGGAACCGAAUUGGUCCAUGGAAGCUAAGGAAUGUGGACACAUCCGGCCCUUGAAAGAACCAGUUAUGUCCACUUUUGGUGGAUUUCCCAGGAUGCAUGAGCACUUGAUUAAUUUUAUAACCUAUGGUGAGACCCUUGGCUCUUCCUACAAAUGGCCCCUGCAGUUGAAGCUGUAGGAAUCUUGGGCCAUCACCUGCAUGACUCAUGGUGAUGCUGAGUAUCCAGGAGGAAAUUUCUGGAAGAAACAGACCGUCAGUCACGGACUUCCACUUCACAGACCUCCUUAUGGCCAAGAUGAGCCUCAUGUUUUAACAAAACAUUUCUUGGGAUUGAAUGAAUCACAUUUACCUUGUGGUAGGUGUCUAAAGACUGCAUCUACAUUUUAUUACUAAUUAUUUCCCCCCCUAACAUAAGGAUGACGAGAAGGACACUACCAUACACACUGGCUAAGAACGGGGACUGUUUUUGGGAAGGUGGCAUUGUCUCAUUCCCUGAAAUACCUUCAAAUGUCAUCGACACCAACCCUUCCCCUUCUGUCUACCCUGCUCACAUGUACAGUGACAGGGAACUCACCACCUUUUGAAGAGGCAGUUCAUUUUCUUUGCAAAGCUCUCUCCUAACUUUCUCCGUAAAUUCCAGCCAGCAUGGCCACAUGGGUCACGCCUGGUCCCUUUUGCACAGCAGCCCUUCACACAUUUGAAGGGUCUACAUCCCUUUUUAAAGCUUAGAGGCACAAGCUCAGGACCGUCUUCAGUAAGGAAAUUUGUGGAUUUCCCUUUGGAUCUUUCUUCCUCUCCGGCCCACAAGUGGCUCUAGUCUGACGAGCAUUUAAGCUGCAGAUGGUGGCACUCCACUCGGGUCUCAGAGCCACCAGACGUGCAGGUGGGACAGUGGUUCCAGCUCAGGCUGCCUGUCAGCGUCCCUUCCAGGUGCUAGCCCUGGCAGGCAUAGCCCUCCCCUCAUGCCAGCAAAGGAAAUGCUGAGAGGCUCACUUUAAAGAAGUCCAAACCGUGUGCUUAUCCAAGGGGUUCUGCUAUUUCAGACUUCACGGCUUGCAUGUUUGAUUUUUCUAAGAGAAAAGAGGCUGCCUGCUGGGUGUCUGUGGAAAUGAGAUUAAACUGUACAAUCUCAGUUUUACUAAAAUGCAAAAAUGUACAGUUUCAAUUUCUUAAAUUGUAAACACGAGUUUU